CGAGCUUUUUUUAAAAGGCACCUGAGUUUGGAGCAGCCUGGGUAAUUUCAAUGCCGUUUUCAAGCCAGGAGAGAGGAUACCUAUCCCAGAUCCCUGUCUUCUCUGAGGUUCUUUCGUCGUCGCAGCGUUUUCCUUCGUCGUCUUUUCCGUUUCGCGGUUUGGUCCGCCUAGGCCACCAUAGUCUUAGCGGAAUCUGGCUGGCUGGGAUCUGACAGCGUGAGCCCUGCGCCAGAAUGAAGAUACAAUCGUAGCGAACAGAGGUUGGAGCGUGGAAGCGGCAGCAAUAAUAGUGGCCGCCAGUCUGGAACUUGGCGAGAAGAAACAGCCGAGCGUGGAAGAGGAGGAAGAGGAGGGCAGCCGUGUCCCUGUAGCCAACCCUCUGGGGAGGGGAUCGGGCUGAAGGAGGGUCUGGCAGCCUUCCCUGCACGGGCGCUCCAGCUACUUCCAGCCCCUUUGCUGUCAGCUGGCAGACGGGUGAAACCGACCAGGGUUGAGCCGUACAGCCUGUUUCUAUUCUCUCCUUUCGUCCGACUUCCCUUGGCUAGCAGUUAAAAAACAAAACAAAAACCUGCAGGAGGAACUCCCGACCUUCCCAGUAGUUUGAAUCCGCUCGCUGGCUCUGUCUCCUCCUCUCCCCGUCUGCGAGCGGUCUUGAUGCCUGCAAAAGCGACGACGCACCGGGAAGGAAGGAAUGAAAGAAAGAGAUGGGGUUGAGGGAAGAAAAGGAUGUGUGUGUUUGUUUUUUGAAAUCCACAGUCACUUUCUAAAAGGAAAAAUCGGCUGUAUGGACGGACACUGGGGAGUGACAUUCGUUUUAAUCGCCUUUUGCGUUUCCUCCACAAAGCGCCGCUGCCUUUUCAUCAAGGUCUCUGUUGAUCGAAUCUUUUGAACUGACAAAGGAAGUAUCUGGAAUAGUAAUAAUACAAAAGCUUUAAACAACUGUGCCCUGAAGCAGGAGCCUUGUGAUGAAGGGAAAAAGGGGAGUGCCCAAAAUCUGGAGUCUCUUGAAAGAAACGUGAAACAUAGGAAGGCUAACCACUGACUGGGUGGUUGUGGUAGAUAGUGCUUGAGAGGGGGCAGUGCUACCUCCCCACUAAGGCUAUGAUGUCUGUUGAAGGCUCAACAAUAACAAGCAGGAUAAAGAACUUGCUUCGAUCUCCUUCUAUCAAGCUGCGAAGGAGCAAGCCGGGGAGCAAGCGGGAAGACAUCAGUAAUAAGGUGACAUUAGAGAAAGUGUUGGGAAUUACGGUCUCUGGAGGCAGAGGAUUGGCCUGUGAUCCGAAGAGUGGUCUUGUUGCCUAUCCAGCUGGGUGUGUCGUUGUGCUGUUCAACCCCAGGAAAAAUAAGCAACAUCAUAUUCUGAAUAGUUCCAGGAAGACUAUUACGGCCCUUGCUUUCUCUCCUGAUGGAAAAUACCUGGUUACUGGGGAGAGUGGGCACAUGCCUGCUGUUCGAGUAUGGGAUGUUGCUGAGCGCACUCAGGUGGCUGAACUUCGAGAACAUAAGUAUGGCGUGGCAUGUGUGGCAUUCUCCCCAAGUUCCAAGUACAUUGUCUCUGUGGGUUACCAGCAUGACAUGAUAGUCAAUGUUUGGUCAUGGAAGAAAAAUGUUGUUGUGGCAGCCAAUAAGGUCUCGAGCAAAGUGACAGCAGUUUCAUUCUCUGAGGACUGCAGCUACUUCGUUACAGCUGGAAACCGACACAUCAAAUUUUGGUACCUGGAUGACAGCAAAACCUCUAAGGUGAAUGCUACAGUUCCCUUGCUUGGACGUUCCGGUUUGCUUGGGGAACUAAGGAACAACUUCUUCACAGAUGUGGCAUGCGGUCGGGGUAAAAAAGCAGACAGCACUUUCUGUAUCACUUCCUCAGGUCUCCUGUGUGAAUUCAAUGAGAAGAGGCUAUUGGAUAAGUGGGUAGAGCUGCGAACUUCUGUGGCAAACUGCAUCUCUGUGAACCACGAUUACAUCUUCUGUGGCUGUGCGGAUGGCACAGUGCGGAUUUUCAACCCUUUGAACCUUCACUUUGUGACCACGCUCCCUAAACCGCACUUCCUGGGCACGGACAUUGCAAGUGUCACUGAAGCCAGCCAGCUCUUCUCUAAUGUGACCAAUGCCAAGUAUCCAGACACCAUUGCCUUGACUUUUGAUCCCAAUAACCAGUGGCUCUCGUGUGUUUACAAUGACCACAGCUUGUAUGUAUGGGAUGUUAAGGACCCCAAGAAAGUGGGCAAGGUUUAUUCUGCCUUGUACCACUCCUCUUGUGUUUGGAACGUUGAGGUGUACCCUGAGGUGAAGGAUAACAAUCAGUCUUGCUUGCCCCCAAACUCUUUCAUCACCUGCUCUUCUGAUAACACCAUCCGCCUCUGGAACACCGAGAGCUCAAACAUCCACGGCGUUGCUCUGCAUCGGAACAUUCUGAGCAAUGACCUGAUGAAAAUUAUCUAUGUAGAUGAAAACACUCAGGCCCUCCUGGACACAGAAUACAACACUGCUGGAGGUGCUGACAAGGCUGACACGCAGGCCCUAGAUGCAAAAGUGGGAAUCCGUACAGUGUGUGUGAGCCCUACUGGGGAGCACCUGGCAUCAGGGGAUAGGAUUGGCACUCUCAGGAUCUUUGAGUUGAAAUCCCUGAAGGAAAUGCUGAAGGUAGAAGCCCAUGAUUCUGAAAUCCUCUGCCUUGAGUACUCUAAACCUGAGACAGGGUUGAAGCUUCUAGCGUCAGCCAGUCGGGACAGACUGAUUCAUGUUUUGGAUGCAGGGAAGGAUUAUAGCCUGCAACAGACCCUGGAUGAACAUUCGUCUUCCAUCACAGCAGUGAAGUUUGCAGCCAAUGAUGGAAAGGUGCGAAUGAUUAGCUGUGGAGCAGAUAAGAGUAUCUAUUUCCGCACUGCGCAGAAGACAGGUGAUGGGGUUCUCUUUACUCGUACGCACCAUGUUGUUAGGAAGACUACUCUUUACGAUAUGGAUGUGGACCCUAACUGGAAGUAUGCUGCUAUUGGAUGCCAAGACCGUAACAUCAGGAUUUUCAACAUUAGCAGUGGGAAGCAAAAGAAGCUAUACAAGGGAUCCCAAAGUGAAGAUGGCACCCUCAUUAAAGUGCAAACAGAUCCUUCUGGUCUCUAUAUUGCAACAAGCUGCUCCGACAAGAACCUUUCUGUCUUUGAUUUCUACUCAGGCGAGUGCGUGGCUACAAUGUAUGGGCACUCAGAGAUUGUAACAGGAAUGAUGUUCAGCAAUGACUGUAAACAUUUGAUCUCAGUCUCUGGUGACAGCUGUAUUUUCAUCUGGCGUCUGAGUUCAGAGAUGACCAUCAACAUGCGGCAGCGGCUGGCAGACAUGAAACAAAGAGGAAAGCAAGGGGAGAAAGCACAACCAGGCAAAAUAGCUGGGCUUGCCAGGCACGAGUCGGUCUCUAUCCUCUCAUCUGCACCAGCAUUGUCAUCAGACAGUGACAAAGAUGGUGAAGACGAAGGGAACGAGGAGGAGUUACAUGGGCUGCAGACUUUCCAAGUGCAGACUACCUGCAGCACUGGAAGGGAUUCAGAUUCAGAUCUUUCUCUUUCAAGAAGCUUGUCCCACUGGGAAAUGAGGAGGGCAAAAGAAAUUGCAAUGAUUCAGUGUUCAGAGGCUACCAUGAGCAAAACACCUCGACAGCGUGGUCGUUGGUCCCAGCCAACAAGCAGCAUAGAGCUGACAGUUAAAUCCAUGCUUGACUUGCGCCAGCUGGAGUCUUUCUCAGUUUCCAGCUCUGCCAGCCGAGAUUCUCUUUCCCAGGUCAGCAAUGGGGAUGACCAAGAAGAGCAUCCUGAUCUCCCUCUGGUUGUCAAUAAUGUUGGAGGCUCUACUGCUCCUCCGGAAAACCAGCCUUGUAUUCGACCCAAAGUUAUUCGGCUUGUGUCCUGUGAAGGCGGGAUUUUCCCUCAGGAACUGGAACCUUCGGAGAGUGAGGAAUGUGUAAUCUACCCAGAACAAGAUGAGAUUCACCCUACAGAUGUUAGCAGUGAGUUCCAGGUAAAAGCACUUCCCCAUGGGAAACUAGGUAGAGGCUACCACAGCAAUGGGUGCCCAGAUAAACAGAGCCCUGACAGUGCCUGCUCCUUGGAUUACAAUAGCAGCCGACUAUCUAGUCCAAAUGAAGAUUCUGAGAGUACAGAACCUCUCAGUGUGGAUGGCACCUCAGAUCUGGAUGAACAGGUGGGAGAAGAGGAGGACGAGGACAUAAGCACUGGUCUAUUGGAGGGAGAUGUCCCCAGGACUCCAGAUCAGGAGAAGUUCCUCAAGCAGCAUUUUGAGACUCUGGCCGGUAACGGUGAAAAGGGUGGGCCAUGUAGGACCCUGGAGAGAACAGAAAACAGUAUUUCUUCUCGCUUUCUGUCCCAGUCUCCUGCUCCCAGGCAACUAUCACUUUCUUCAUCAAAUCUAGUACUGGAUUGGAAACCCACUGAGGGUCCUGUUCUUUCAAAGCAAGUUUCUGCUGAUCUGCUGAAAAAUGGGCUUGACCACCAGAACAUGGUCCUGGAGAAUGGCAUCUUUCAAAAUGAUGUUAAUUCCUUUAGGUCACUUUAUAUGCAGAGAAAGAGAAAGCCUGCUUUGGAGAUCAACAGGAGUCCUGGAAGACCUGCUGGGCCUUUCCCCGAUAGUAAUGGGGUGGUGGUGAUGAGAAAAUCCCAGUCAGUUCAUGACCUUGUUCAAAAUGAUAAGGCUCCAGGAGUGAUGCCUUCUGCUAGGCAACGUCCUCAGACACUAAUGGUAGGUGAGAAAGAUCCAAGGUCUAAUAACUGUCGGGCUUUGUCUGCAACUCUAUUGAAGACAGAUGGCUCCAGCUCUCUGCAAGCCAAAGACAGUAAAGCUACAAAACCAAAGUCCUACAUGAGCCCCACCACUAGCUUCAUGGCCAAGAUGUCCCGCAGCGUAUCUGUGGGAGAGAAUAUAUGCCUUGGUGACUCUGCAGAAAACCUGACUGAGGUGAAGGUCAGCCCCCAAGUACCAGAGAAGACGCAGUUAAGUCCUUUAGGGGACACUGAGAAGAACAAGCCACUUGUGAAGGAAAAUGGCCCAGUGAAACCUCAUGCUCUUCAGCAAGUCACAAGCUCUUCAUCACCCAAAUCCUUUCACAGCAAACUAGCUUCUAACCGGGCCCAUUUGAUCCUGGACAUUCCCAAACCUCUGCCUGACAGACCGACAUUGGCUUCUUUCUCACCAACUGCCAAAUCAAAAACACUACUAGAAUCUCCCCAGUCACCCACUAGCACUGGUAAAAAGAAACAGUCGUUUCCUGAAGGAUGGGCCUCUAAAUUGGAAAGCCAAACAGCUGUGCCUCUGGACCUUGGUAAAGGUAGCCCAAGAAGUCCCUGUACAGAGACUCCAAAAGAGAACCAUAUGUUGUUGAGGACCCACGUCCAACUUGAGCUGGGGGUUAGUAACCCCAAAUUGAAAGACCUUUCAGAUGGUCUGCACCCAAAGUCCACAGAAUACAGACCAUUGGAAUGUACAGACAGAAUUGCCAGCACUGGUUGUCUGUCAAAUAAUCAGCAUGAGCUUUGCUCUCUCGAACCAAGCAGGCCAAAGUCUCCCACAACCAUGGCGGAGGACUCAGGUGUGCACGGAUACCCAUCUCCAAUCUUCUUCCCCCUUCUGUCUCCUGUCUUUGUGAAUCGCUUCACACUUCCAUCACAUUUCUUUACGUCAAGCUUCUGGUCUGUCUCGUCCUGUCUGCACCUGUCUCCUUCCAUAAGCCAUCCUUUCAAUGGAGGUUCUUCCAUCAGCAUUGAGCAAUGCAAGCAUGUUGUGGCUGAGCUCCAGGAUAGUAUGCGCAAGGCCAUCCAUCUAUACCGUAUGGUGUCUGCUGACAUGGACUCUUCAGCUGAUAAAGAUGAGAUUGCUGGCCUCUUGACUGAUACCUUCUCUGUGAUGGAAAAAGAACUCAAUUCCCUGAAGGAUGGGAAAGAACUUCAAAAGGAGAAAGAAGUGUUGAUGAAGCCACAUGACCCAGUUGCAGUAUCAGUCAGUGAGGGAAGCAGUGCCAUCUUAUCCAGUCCUCGACAUUUUGGAGACCAGCAAACCCUUGCUUUGUUAGAACAGUACUCAGAGCUCUUGCUACAAGCUGUUGAACGACGUAUGGAUACAAAACUCUAAAGAGGAGUAGUUCUGAGGGCUUUUAAUGGAAAACUGGCAACCACACAGGAAAACUUAACAGGGAACACGUUCAUAGUGAAAACCUGGAAUGACUGCUAUCAUUGCUUUUAUCCAGUGGUGAUUUUUUCCCCCCUCCAACAGUUCAGGGGGUCAUUUUAUGGCUUUCAGAAAUGUGCUGGUCACAGUACUCUUUCUUUGCCCAGCUCCUCUCUUUCGGGUGGUAUCAAGGAAAAACUGCUUGGGAUUUUUUCCCCAGCCAAAAUGUUGGACUUUAAAAAAAAAAAAAAAAAUCCUACAGAAACAAUUGAACUGUAUGGCUCAACCUGAAUUGCUGACUUGACAGAGAUUGAGAUGGCACCAGUCACUCCUUCUGCAGGGUUGUCUCAAUCUAUGUACAGUGUUUUAUUUAUUAAUUUAUUUUUGUGACUAUUGCUCUAAACUUUUCACAUGCAUUUUGUAGCUGUGACUGAUUCCACGUCUUUCCCGCAAUCUGUAGUGAGAAACCAGUUUUGUCGUGGAAAAUGGACUAGUAGAUGGGCAGGCAGAAUUUCUGUUUGCUGCGGCUUGCCUUGCUGAAUUUCAUUCAUAGGGGUUCUUUUCUGGGGGGGGGGUGUUAUUUACAGUUUUGUUUUCCCUGUUUUGCUUUCUAUUUUAAAGAAAAAAAACUAUGCUAAUCUUACAUCUGCACUUACUUCCAGAGGACAGCAUAAUGUCUGGAUCAGGCUCCAGAGAUUUGUUACAAGACUGUUUGCAAAUGGAAUAGCUUUUUACAAUGGAACAUUUUAUAUAAAACCUGGUCUCCAAUCAGACAUGAAGGCGUUAAAAUUAGAUAAUUAUCAAAUCCUCUUUAUAAAGUUCUGAUCAGUUGAGUUUUAUACUAGGGUCUUGAUGUUCAGAUGAUGGUUUUAGGGAUGUGGAAUCUGAAGAGAAGAGGGGAAAGGGGAGCAGGGGGAGAGAGAGACAAAAGAGUGGCAAUAGCAUUUAUUUAUUAGACAGAUUUAAAACUUUGAUUCCAUUCUAGCAUGAAUGUAAAGAACUUGUCCUUGAAGAGAGACUGACACUAGUUGUUAUAUACUGUUCAAGAGAAGCAUGAGAAGUAUCUAACUUCUUGAGAGGGGGGGGCUAUUUUAUUAGUCUCCCUUGUUAAAACAGAAAACUACCAAAGUAAGUCUGAGUGGCUAGAAAAUACAGACUCUUGUGAUGUAACUAUCUCCAUGUCUGUUUCUGUGAUUUUUUUAAAAAAAUUAGUAGGGUAGGAAUGAGACUGCAUGGCAUUUAUUGUGUUCAGUGAGACCCACAUCUUAUUAUUAUACAUUGUUAUUGUUAUAUAUUUCUCCAAGCUCAUUAGUCCAUUGCUGGGGCUCACAUAACAUAGGAAAGAAGUGAUUCAAAGUGAAUCAAAUAAUGGAAAUCAAGUGUUACCUUAGAAGGUCCUUCUUUCAUUAACCAUGCCCCUUAGUUUUAAAAUCUCUCCUUUCCCAGUUUGCUGAAUUAUCAGAUCGUAUUCUGAGUACUGUUUGAUACUGAUGAAAGUAUUCCAAAAAUUACUAGCCUACAGAAUUUUUAGAGCUACUCGCUUUGGUCAGAAAGCAGCUCUGCAUCCACUAUUGUCAGUCUGAUCAUCUGACUAAAUAGCUUUGAGCAGCUUUUCCCUUUGCACUUGUCAUGUAGGCUUUCUCAUUCACUGCACCACAGGGCUGGCAACCUUCUUUUCUGGGACUGGUUUGCUCUCAUUUUGUAGAGCAGCCUGCGGAACACCCUACUUUUUGGCUGGCUGGCUAGCCAACCAUCUUGGGCUGAGCUCCAAGGCUGGGAACUUGGAAUGUUUUUAGUGCAUUUUAGUAUGUCCCUCCCAAAAAUUCCUGGCUGUCUUGCUGAUACAUUUCUCUGGAAGGUAGUUGAGAUACAUUAACCAGAACUGAAGUCCUGCUACUCAUUUUUGUCCAUAGGCUAGCAUGAAAUAGAGUGAUGUCUACAGCAAAGGAAUCUGAUUGCUAAGGAUGGACAACUGAAAGAUACUCCUUGGACAUCUGUUCAGUGAAAAUUGAUGAGGGGUUUUUUGUUUUUUUUUGGCAUGUACACGUCAGGAAAGGUCUUAGGCAAAAUAUCUUCUAUUUCCCUGUUCGCAUUUAGGCUGUGAAAAGUGUUCAGUGCUCAGGAAACGCUUUCCUGUUCUGGAACACACAUACACUCAGGUAGAAUAGCCAUACUUCCAACACAGGUAUCUUGUUGUAUGAGAAAGGGAGAGACAGAAGUUCUACUUGUUGAUUUAACCUCCAAAGUUGUCCAAUGCAUUGAUAUGAGAACUGAAUCAAUAUGUUGACAGACGAAUACCUCAGUGCUUACUGAUAGUUACUCAGCAGAUGAUUCACCUGGGACUAUCUUGGGUGAGAAGCAACAUCAAACAAAAUUCCACAUUACUGUCAAAACAUUUCUGCAAAAUAAUUCUCUUCAAAUUACUUAGGCACUCUGUUUUUCAUGGAUGGAGGUGGAAAAAUUAUAAAAAUUGGGGGUAGGAAUGAACUAGCAUUGUAGUUUUAUAUGGCCUUGAGUAAGUAGAUAUGCAAGGAUAUAUGGGCAGGCCUGUAGUUGCUAAUAUUACAUGAAAUAGCAGGGCCAAGGCUUCUAGAAAAGUAGUAGUAGGAGUAGGGCAAGGAAUCUUUUUGGUUCAAAGGGAAAAAUAUGGAUGAAAACGCCCCUAUGAAGGAAAGAGGCAGUAUACGUAGAGACAGAACAUAGUUAUGUAGGACUGUAAAUGAAUUUGAUGUAAAUCAAAGGAUGGAGAGACAGGUUAGGUGUCCUGUAUUUCCUCUCUAAUCCUAAAGCCUUGGCUUUAGGAAUGAAUAUCCUCUUCCAGUCGGUUGUCCAAAACCAUUUGGCACCCGUGAGCUUCUUAGCUCCCCAGUUUUCUGUCCCAAGGAUUAUUAGUAGCUGAGAAGAAGCACGAGGACAGUGUUUCCUCUAAGGAAAACACUUUGAUAGUCAAAUGUCAGCCAACUAUGCUUUUAGUUUUGAACUGCAUGUAAAUUAUUUAGCUCUAUUAUAGGCAUCCACUGGCCAUAUUAGGAAAACUUCAACAGAUACCUAAGGGGUAGAGAAAUAUAAAUGUAUGUAUGAUCUGAAUCUGGCCCACUUCUACUGAUUUUUAAUGUUUGCAUGCAUUUUUAUGUAUUAAUGUAAAUGAGGAAAGUCUGUACCAUGGACUCAUCACUGAUGCCUCACUUGCAUAUUAUUAUAUCCAUGCUCUCUGAAAUGUUUCUGAGCAGUGCAAUUUACAUUUUAUUCUUAGUGUAUACUGUUCCUUUUUUCAAGGAAAGCUCUUAGAAAAAAGAACAAACACCUGUGCACUUGAACAGGACAAAAUGGCCCGUCCUUGUUUCUACAGAAACAUAGAAAGCUUUUUUAAAGCAACUGGUGCUACUAGAUAUGGCCAUUUUGUUAUUAACCCCCUCUCAAUUUAAUCCAAUAUUUUUCUAUUGAAUGUCCCUCUGAUAGUUGGGCCUACUAGCUUCUCCUUUCACUCCACUGAUGCAGAAUAAAUUUCUUCCCACAAAAAAGCUACUGUUAGGGCCAGUGUAUGUGUUUGAAAGCAUUUUAAACAGUGUUACAUAUAGAUACAGUUCAACCACUGGACCUGUAGCAUCCAGUAUUUAAAAUAUUUAAAAAAUCAGUUGGAGAGGAGAAGAGCUGCAUUGUGAACCUUCAGGUACUGUUGCGACUAGAUUGUUCUUUCUAUAGAUAACAAGAAUAUCCAGAAUCCUGUAUUGUUUGUAUAUAAUAAUCUGGAGCUGGGCUGCUUACAUACUGGGUUAAUCUGCUGUAAAUCACACACAGUGAUGCAUGGACAGCAAUUUUAGGAAUAAGCCAUGUCUACUCAGCAUGUCUAAGUUAAGCCUAGGCACCAGAUGAACUUCCCUUUCUACCUGUGUUUUUUCAACACUCCCUUCCUGUUUUCCGCUUGUUUAAAAGGAGAUAACCCUGAAACUUUUUAUUUAUAAAUGUGUGUUUUCUACCUUGGCUUUAAGAAAGAAAGAAAAACAUUUAAAAAUGUCUUUUUUAAUUAUUGGAAACAAUUGUUUUAUGGUUGUGGGGGUUUUGCACUGUGAGCCACCUUUCUGGGGCUAUUUUUAAUUCUGUAUUCAUUUGUACUCUGCGUCUUAAAUAGUUUCAAUAAAAAAGUGUGAAACUUUGUUACUAA